CUGAAGUAACUGAAGUCAGUUACUAUCAUAUUAUCUCUUAUCCAGGCCCAUUGAGCUCCCAGAGCACAAGACAGACCUUCACAGCCCAUAAGAAACACUCUUUGGCAAGGGGACAGUACUUUCCGACUGACUGUUCACCGUAUCGUCACUGAGUCCAGCGCGACUCCAUUGCGCCCCGAGGGAUUCUUGCAUCAUAGUAUCGCAUCGAAGCAUGGCGUCCAAAAUAGUCGUCAUCGGGGGCGUCAACUGCGAGCUGCAGGACGUUUUCACCAAGCUUGCCAAGCUGCACGUCAAGCAGAAUUUCUCCUUUGCCAUCAUCGUCGGCGACCUCUUCGGCGACUGCGCGACGGAGCAUGAGUUGGAGCAGAUCUCCGCCCUGCUCUCUGGCAGCAUUGCCGUACCGCUGCCAACAUAUUUCUCGCUGGGCAGCCGGCCCCUUCCCACCAGAGUGGUUGAGGCCAUUGAGGCCAACGACGAAGUCUGCCCUAACCUGUACUUCCUGGGUCGUCGGGGCACCCUGAAGACGGCCGAGGGCAUCCGCAUCGUUUCCCUGGGAGGCAAGCUCGCGGCCGACAACCAGGCCUCCUCCGACAAGUACGACCCGAGCUACACCGAGGCCGACGCUCGCACGCUGCACGGCGCGCACUCCGCCGACAUCCUCAUCACCAACCAAUGGCCCAAGGGGAUCCGCACGGGGUCCAAAGCGCCGUUUCCCGAGGAAGCCUCGACGGCGCCCCCUGAAGAAGUCCAAUGCAUAUCCGACCUCUGCGCGACGCUGAAGCCGCGCUACCACCUGUCCUCGACCCCGGACUUCUUCUUCGAGCGCGAACCCUUCUUCCACCUCCCCACCACCGAAGACGACCCUCCCGAUGCGAAGCCCCUCACCCGCUUCAUCAGCCUCGCCUCGUACCGCAAGGCCAGCAAGCAGAAAUGGAUGUACGCCUUCACGCUCGACCCCAAAGCCGCCGCCGCCCUCACCAUCCCCACCGGCGCAACCGCCUCCCCUUUCCCCGCCGCCGCCCUCGCCCUCAAACGCAAGCCCCUCGCCAGCCAACAGGACAGCUACCAACGCUUCGACCAAAGCCACAACAACCACGAGCAACACCGGCCGCGCAAGCGCGCGCGCAACAACAACCAACCCCCGCCGGGCCCCGACCAAUGUUUCUUCUGCCUCUCCAACCCCAACAUCGCCACCCACCUCAUCACCUCCAUCGGCGAAGAGAGCUACCUGACCACCGCCAAGGGCCCGCUCCCCACCGCCCGCACCUUCUCGUCCUACAACCUCCCCUUCCCCGGCCACAUGCUCAUCAUCCCCUUCACCCACACCCCGACCCUCCACACCAUCACCGACGCACCCGCCCGCCAUGCCACCUUCGCCGAGAUGACCCGCUACCGCACCGCCCUGCACGCCAUGCUCCACCGCCGCGCCGCCGGGGCCCUCGGCGCCGUCACCUGGGAAGUCAGCCGCGGCAAUGGCAUCCACGUGCACUGGCAAUUCCUCCCCGUGCCCGCCGCGCUAGUCCAACGGGGCCUCGUCGAGGCUGCUUUCAAAGUGGAGGCCGAAAACCUCAAAUACCCGCGCUUCGAGGCGCCUCCCGCCGCCACAAAAGAAGACCCGAGCAGCGAACCCGGAGGGGACUUUUUCCGCGUUUGGAUUUGGAGCCCAACCCCCGCGAAUAACAAUCCAGACGCACCCGCUGCUACGGGAGAAAACUGCGAUCCAGAAGGACCAGCUGGCACAGAGAACACCCUCCUCCUCCCCCUCAGCCCGGACUUCCGGUUCGACCUCCAGUUCGGCCGCAGGGUCAUGGCUAAGCUGAUGGAGCUGGAGAAGCGCAUCGAUUGGCGCAAGGAUGUCCAGUCCCAGCAGCAGGAGGAGGCGGAUGCGGUGGCGUUCAAAGAGGCGUUCAAGGAGUUUGAUUUUACUUUAUAGGUGGAGUUGAAGGGGGAUAUACCUUAUGAAAAACUCCAAUCGACAGAGAGGAUAUAGGAGGGCAGAUGAGUUCACGUUCAGGGUUAGUUGAAAAUGAGAGAGAAUUUGGGUUAUGCAUGGACCAUCAUUUGGGACUGGCCCGGUCGGAUAGGGUGGACUGUAUCUGGACAGGUAUCGAUCCAGGUGUAUUUGUUCAUUGGUCAAGGGGUUGAUUUCUCUAGCUCUACUACGUCAACAGUCGACAUCUGGAAGAGUAUCAUGGUGCAAUAGCAUGGCAUACAACCAACCCUGACUGACAUCCCGCUGAGAAUUGGACAUUCCGAAACAGUACUGGUACCCAUCCUGUUCGUAAGAUUCAGUCAUCAUUGAUACUAAACAUACAUCAUGC